CGCGCCCAGCCUCUGCGCGCCCCGCCCCGCUCCGCGCUGGCAGAGCGGACCCAGGCCCUCCGCUGCCCCGCGUCAUGGCCGCGCCCGCCCCGGUCACGCGGCAGGUUAGCGGCGGCGCCGCCCUGGUCCCGGCCCCAAGCGGCCCCGACAGCGGGCAGCCCCUGGCGGCCGCCGUGGCCGAGCUGCCGGUGCUGGACGCCCGCGGGCAGCGGGUACCGUUCGGCGCGUUGUUCCGGGAGCGCCGCGCCGUGGUGGUGUUCGUGCGGCAUUUCCUGUGUUACAUCUGCAAGGAAUACGUAGAGGAUCUGGCCAAAAUCCCCAAGAGUUUCUUACAAGAAGCAAAUGUCACCCUUAUAGUGAUUGGACAGUCAUCCUACCAUCAUAUUGAGCCUUUUUGCAAACUGACUGGAUAUUCUCAUGAAAUCUAUGUCGAUCCUGAGAGAGAAAUUUAUAAAAGAUUGGGAAUGAAAAGAGGUGAAGAAAUUGCCUCCUCAGGACAGAGCCCCCACAUAAAAUCAAAUCUACUCUCAGGAAGCCUUCGGAGCCUGUGGCGGGCAGUGACUGGCCCUCUCUUUGAUUUUCAAGGAGACCCAGCUCAGCAAGGUGGAACCCUCAUUUUAGGUCCAGGUAACAACAUCCAUUUUAUACACCGCGAUAGGAAUAGGUUGGAUCACAAACCUAUCAACUCUGUUUUACAGCUUGUAGGAGUUCAGCAUGUGAACUUUACAAACGGACCUUCAGUUAUCAAUGUGUGACUUAAAAUGCACUCAGUCACUUUCAACUGGACCUUCUGGAAUGUGACCUUCAAUGCCUAGGUGUAAUAUCCUCGUGCGGUGUCUAACCUGCUGUCCCUUCCCAGCCUUUGAGGAGUUAGGAAAGCAUAAAGGGGGCUUGAACCAGUUGAAUUGCAUGCUGGGAAGCAUCAGUUGUCAAAAUGUGUUAUAUACUUCCAUUUUAUAGCUUUUAACAUUUUAUACAAAAUAACAAAAAUGAAUAUAUAAAAUAUAACUUUAAAAGCUAUAAAAUCAUAAAUACUCUAAAUUAUUAUACAUUAUGGUAUAUUCAGUCAAUGAAAGAUUUUUUUGGCAAUAUAAAUUCUGACGAAGAAUAUAUAAAGGGACGGGAGAGCAACACAAGACCAUUGUAUUCAGUGAAGAAGGCAAAAUAUCAAACCUGUCAACAAUGUAACUGCAUUUUUAUAUGUAUAUAUUUGUAUGCUUAGGAAAAAGACAGGAAAUAAAACACCAAAAUGUUGCCAGUAGGUAUCUCUGUGUUAAGAUUACAGUGUUAUUAUUUUCUUUUCUGUACUUUUCUGUAUUUCCCAACUGUUAUAUAAUAAGCAUGAUUAAUAUUAUAGGGCCAGGAAAAGGUCUUUAAACAUUAUAGGACAAUUUUAUGCCACAUAACAACCUUCACAAAAGAGCAAAAUUAUAUAAGCUAUAGUCUACUUUUCCAUCGUAAUUGCUUUACUCAGAGGAAGUGUGGCAAUCCGAACAUUUCACAUAUAGCCAGUGUCCACAGCACCUUCUGAAACUACAUACUUGCUAUCCGUUUCACUAGGAUUUUGGGGGGUUGGGGGAGCUAUAGAGAAAAAAAAAUUGUUUUAGAUAUUUAAGAUAUGGUUGGUGUGCUUUUUGAAAGGGAACUAUAAUAAUUUUUUUUUUUUUUUGAGACGGAGUCUCACUCUCUUGCCCAGGCUGGAGUGCAGUGGCAUGAUCUCGGCUCACUGAAAGUUCCGCCUCGUGGGUUCACGCCAUUCUCCUGCCUCAGCCUCCCAAGUAGCUGGGGCUACAGGCACCCACCACCACGCCCGGCUAAUUUUUUGUAUUUUUAGUAGAGAUGGGGUUUCACCGUGUUAUAACAGCCAGGAUGGUCUUGACCUCCUGACCUCAUGAUCCGCCCACCUCGGCCUCCCAGUGUGCUAGGAUUACAGGCAUGAGCCACCGUGCCUGGCUUUUUUUUUUUUUUUUUUUUUUGAGUUGCAGUCUUGCUCUGUUGCCCAGGCUGGAGUGCAGUGGCUCAAUCUCAGCUCACUGCAACUUCCACCUCAGCCUCCCAAGUAGCUGGGAUUACAGGCAUGCGCCACCAUGCCUGGCUAAUUUUCUGUUUUUUAGUAGAGAUGGAGUUUCUUCAUGUUGGUCAGGCUGGUCUUGAACUCCCAACCUCAGGUGAUCCGCCUGCCUCAGCCUCCCAAAGUGCUGGAAUUAUAGGCGUGAGCCACCGCGCCCCGCCUAUUUUUCUAGAAUCUUAAUAUGUUUAGUUGGGAAGUGUCCCAGAAAUCCUGAUGAAAAGUAUAGCAAAAUCAGAAUUUUGGUAAUGAUUAGCAAGUACAAUACUGCUUUGAACUCAGUACUUUUAUAUGAAGCAUAUAAAGUUACAAAAAAACUAAUGUAUUCAAAUAUUUGAAUAUAUCUUCAUGUUUGUAUAAUGUUUUUAUUCAAUAAAAAUGAAAUUUCUCAUUUAAA